AUGGCGUCCGAGUCGAGACUGUUGGCACGGUGCACACUGCGAGGGAGCUUGUCUUCAACAAUUAAAAUUACUGUACAAGAGAGAUCCAAUGGUCACGGAAGGAAGAUGACCAAGUCGUUCCUGACAGCCAACAAACCUCGUGGACUUCAAGCCGCUCGCAAGCUUCGCAAUGACCGCCGUGUCAACCGAUGGGCGGAUAAGGCGUAUAAGAAGCGCGCCCUCGGUAACGUUUACAAAACCUCUCCUACUGGAGGAUCAUCACACGCAAAGGGCAUCGUCCUCGAGAAAGUCGGUGUUGAGGCCAAACAACCCAACUCUGCCAUCCGUAAAUGUGUUCGUGUACAACUUAUCAAGAAUGGCAAAAAGGUCACGGCUUUCGUGCCUAAUGACGGUUGCUUGAACUUCGUCGAUGAGAACGAUGAAGUUCUCAUCUCUGGUUUCGGUCGUAGUGGCAAGGCCAAAGGUGAUAUUCCUGGUGUGCGUUUCAAAGUAGUGAAGGUCUCAGGAGUCGGUCUUCUCGCUUUGUGGAAAGAGAAGAAGGAAAAGCCCCGGUCAUAA